CCCUCAGCUGCCACCAUGGCGGGCUUCGACUCCGGCCCGGCCAUCCCUGUGUGGCUCAACGAGGACGACCUGGGCUGCAUCAUCUGCCGCGGGCUGCUCAACUCCCCCGUCACGCUGCCUUGCGGCCACAGCUUCUGCAGCUCCUGUCUGAAGAACCUGUGGGACGCGUGGCGCGAGAAGCCCCGCUGGGCCUGUCCCACCUGCCGCGAGUGCGCCCCGCAGAAGCCGCCGCUGCGGAAGAACACGAUGCUGCAGGACCUGGCUGACAAGUACAGUCGGGCGGUGCGCGAGCUGGAGGCCGGCCGCAGCGCUGCCCCCCGCCCGGCCCCCGACCCCGCGCGCCGCCCAGCACAGCUGCCGGCAGCGGCACAGAGGAGCAUCCCAGAAGUUGGUCGGGAGCUGGCAGAGCUGGUGGAGCAGCUUGUAGACAUCACCAGGAACCUUCAGAGUCAGAGACCCCUCUCACAAUCUGAGGCAGACAAUGAACUGAGCAAUUUGGGCAUGGCUUUUUCUCAUGGGGUGGACCUUUCCUUGGCUUCUCCAAAGCUAGUGACUUCCAACACAUCUGAGGGAAAAACAAGAGAUGUUCUCCUUGCCCUAGAAGAAAUCCAGGAAAAAUUGCGAGAAAACUUCAUGUGGAAAGAGGCUGUUGAAAAACAAACACGGGAGGAACUCCUGGAAACUCCAUCUACCUCUUCAUGCCCACUGCCUGACCAGAACCACUCUGUGCCCAAGAAGACCUCCCGGUUUGCUCAGCGGGCCAUCAGUCCAACCUUUGACCUGAGGAGCCUCUCCUGUAGCCUGGAGGUGUCCGAGGAUCACCGGACAGUGACUGUGUCUCACUGGCCGCAGUCCUAUCCUUGGAGUCAUGAGAGGUUUAAGGCCUGCCAGGUCUUAUGUUCCCAGGCCUUCUCUUCUGGGCAGCAGUACUGGGAAGUGGACACUCAGCAUUGUAGCCACUGGGCAGUUGGGGUAGCUUCCUGGGAAAUGAGCCGUGACCAGAUCCUGGGACGGACCAGGGACUCCUGGUGUGUAGAGUGGACGGGGACUAGUCGGCUCUCUGCAUGGCACAUGGCGAAAGAACUUGUCCUCAGCUCAGACAGACCUGGGGUUGUGGGCAUCUGGCUGGACCUGGAGGCAAAGAAGCUUGCCUUCUAUGCAGUGGCUAAUCAGGAGAAGUUUCUGUAUGAAUGUGAGGUCUCUGCUUCCUAUCCUCUGCACCCCGCCUUCUGGCUGUAUGGCUUACAUCCUGGAAACUCGCUGAUUAUAAAGUAAGUAAAGACAUAAAGGCCCCUUCAGUGCUAAAACACAGUAGUUUCCUGGUCUCUCUUCUUGCCUUCAAGCAGGCAGUCUGACUCAAGAAUCCCACUUCUGAAGUUAAGGGACAUGUAUUAGUUAUCAAUUGUUGCAUAACAACAUUACCACGAAUUUAUCAGUUUAAGACAACACACAUUUAUUAUCUCACAGGGAUUAAAUUAGGAGUAAGGGCACAGUUUAGCUGAGUUCUCUGCUUCAGAGUCUCGCAAGCCACAGUCAAGGUGUCACCUGGGGCUGCAGUCUCAUCUGAGGCUUGACUGGGGAAGGAUCUGCUUUCAAGCUCACAUGGUUAUUGGUGGCAUUCAGUGCCUGUGGGUUGUGAGACGGAGGGGUUCAGUUUCUUGCUGGCUGUUGGCUGGAGGCUGCCCUCAGUUCCUUACCACAUUUUGCAACAUGACUGCUUUGCUUUCUGAAAGCCAGCAAGGGAGAGAGAAUCUCCUAGCAAGAUGGACAUUACAAACUUAUAUAACAUGAUCCUGUGCAAGUAAUUACAUGUGUCCUGUUGCCUUUGCCAUAUUCUAUUAGUUCAAAGCAAGUCACAGGCCCUGCCCAUACUCAAGUGAAGGAGAUUACACAAGGGUGUGAAUAUCAGGAGGUGCACUCAGGGGGGCCACAUUAGGGUCUGUCUGCCUCAGGGCAUCAUUUCAUACUUAAUUCCCCCUGUUUUUAAAAUCAUUUUAAUGUAUAAGAAAACAGAUAAAGGAAACAACACAGAACACAUGUCCAGCUUAACGAAUUAUUACAAGGUGAACACCUCUGUCACUACUGCUCAGGUCAUGAAAUAAAACACUGCUGCUAACUACAGAAGGCCUUUCAUGUGCCUUGUCCCAAUCACAAAACCUUCCCUCUGACCGGAAGGAAUCACUAUCCUGACUUUUACAGAAAUCGCCUCCUCACAUUUCUUGUUUCAUCACCCAAAUAUGCAUUCCUGGCCCCAGUAGUUUACCACCCAAACAAGUUGUUGAGUCAGUUCCAACUCAUGGCGAUCCUACAUGUGUCACAGUAGAACUGUGCUCCAUUGGAUUUUCAGUGGCUGAUUUUUU